AUGGGGGAGUAUGAGAAACUUCUAAAAAGAAGACCUGCUAUGUUUGAUGGCCCUUCUUCUUCUGCAAGCACUGCCACUGUCACUACCACUGCCACUACCAACCUGAACAGUAAUAAUGGACCUGCCCCAAUGGAAUUUAUUAUUGAAAACCCUCAGGACACAUAUGGCCAUGAAAUCUCUGACGAAUACGAAUAUAGCGAUGAUCACAUUCUAUCUGAUUCAUCAGAUGACUAUGAUGAGAUCACUGACGAUGAAGACACAAACACCAGAGUAGAAUAUGAUAGCCAGAAUCAUAUCGCUAGAAUGGCAGCAGAAAUGAGAACCUUCCAAUCUCUUUCGCAUGCCAUGAAUGCCUACUCGAAUGAAGACAGCAGCAGACAGACAUUGUACCGGCCUGAUGACUUAGCUGACAUUUUUACUGGACCCACCCGUCCAUUUAAAUUGAAAGUAGAGUUUAUCUUACAUGCUCUCUUCUACAGCGAUGAAGAUCUUGCCUCAGAAAGAUCUAUCAAGAAGAUCAUGUUUGCUAUGAAGAUGGUCUUGGACGUCUGUGAAGAAUCUGGAGUAGCACUGGAUUUUCCAACACCAAAUGCUGUGAUUAACUAUCACAAGCAGAAAAAGAACCAGAUCCCUGUUUUUCCUAUUGCCAGUUUUGAUGUUGUGAACCAAGACAAUGAACGACAUGUACUUUGGAUGAACAAACCGUCUGAUUACAUCAUGUUUACCAUGACAUGCCCUGGAAAAUUAUCUCAAAUCUUGGCCCUUCCUGACUUCACGGAAAACCAGCAGUUGAAUCUCGACCAAGGCGAAAAGUGGAAGGAGAACCCAUUGCUCCAGCACCCAAUGAUCACUUCAAACGGAAUAGACUACUGGGUGGGUGAUGUUGUCGAAGUCCAAGGCUCCCUGAACCAGUAUCUCCUUGAGAAGUUCUUCACCAAGGACGGAUCCAUACUUGCCAAUGCGUUCCAGGUUUAUGGUGGCCACGAUCCUCGGCUGAACCAUCCUGAUGAUACUCAUUUCCUGCGGUUUGGAAACUCUACGAACUUUGCUGUCUCUAUCCUGAAGUAUACCAUUGAAGUUGACAGGAUUAUGUCUACUGUUCAAAAAGACAGCGAUCUUUUCCUCGGACGUGAUUUCUCUGUUUCUUAUUGCCCUGCCAAAAUUGUUACCUAUGCUCUUACUGAAUUCAAGAGAAGACUUCCAGGCUCUGGUUUGAUGAAAGUGGUUGUCUGCCCACUUAAUCUCUAUUCCAACAAUACCUCCAGUAAUUCAAUAAAGCAGUACAACAAGUAUGACAGUUACUUAAUGUACUUUGCUGCGUUGCUACUUGAGACAAGAAACAAACGAGAAAAUGCUCUUUUCAUUUGUACCUCGAAUCAUACACUGAAUGCCAUUGAGAUGUUGCCCCCUAUUGUCGAUGACCUUAUUAGGCUGGAGAAAGAUAUUGAGAUGUAUUCUGAGGAUUAUGGUGAAGUAGUUCUUGUCAUUGCGCCCCUGUUGCUUUUUAUGGGUGACAACCCUCGUCAAUCUCAGCUUGCCAUGCAUAAGGGAACAUCUGCCAAGAAGUUUUGCCAAAAAUGCCUCAUACCUUCGCCUCGUAUUGAACAGGGUUCCAUCCCUGACACUCCGCCGUAUUCUCUAGUUGACCACUGUGGGUCAGAAGAAAGAACAAGGGAUUUCUUGUGCGCCUUUGCCAAUGCCGAUAUCCAGUCAGAGCUAUAUCUCAAUGGGUGCAAAUUGAGUUAUAUCAAGAAUGGAAGUGAAGAAUUUCUUAGACUCGAAGCCUUUGACCCUACCAAAGACAUGCCUGUCAAAAUUCUCCACAUUAUUCCUCAUGGCCUGACGAAAUACUUGAUGACUUUUCUCUGGAAACAGAAGAUGCUGACUACAAGUGAAAAGGGGAGACUCCAGGAAGCUCUAAACUCUUACAAGUCUUUCCUGCCUAGAAUUAUGAGCAAGAUCUUUAGUGACAAACCAUUGGCAAGUUUGUUCAUUAAAGCCUUGCAUGCAUUAGGCCGCCUGUUGUCUUUGGUGUACAUGCGCGGAGUCGACCAGUGCUUUGACUACUAUAUUGCCCAGAUAAAACAUGCUGUCACUGAUGUAACAGAUCUGCUUUUCCAACUGGAUGUCCAGAUUCUCCAAAAAGAUUUUCUAAGCAAGACUUCACGUUCAAGCCAAAGGUCCACCUUCUGCAUCAUAUCACUGACGAUAUUUUUUGUUUCGGUUCCAUGCUGCAAUACGAAACUGAAAACGGUGAACAGUUCAAUAAGUUCAUCCACAAACAUUUAUUCAAGACCAACCGCCAUUCCACCUCUUGAGACGUUGCUACAAGAUUUGGCAAGCAAUUCAUCUGUUGGCAUCUUUAAACCAGCUGGUAAUGGAACAAGAUCUGUAAGAAGUUCAAUUAGUGAUUUUGUCAAGCUGGCCCCUGUCAAUUUCCCAGGCUUUAAUCUCCAUUUCUUUGGUUCUUGUGUCAACAGUGACAAUUCUGGGUUGUCGACUCCCACUUUGUGUGAUACACUUGCAGGUGUUUUUCAAUCAAAUGGGCAAUUAUUCCUUGGUCAGGUAAAGAUUGUUCAAGCAAGAGACUCUGCAGACAGAAUGAGAAAGGUGUUCUUUAUGCAAAAGUACCAAAUUGUUCUGAACAGCAAUAUAAAUUGCAUCUAUACCCCAGCUGUAGUAACAGAAAAUUACAAUAACAUUGUGGUUCUGCCCCUUGGAGGCCUGGUUGAAGUCAACAAAGAUGACAUCAACAUCGUUCAGGCUGUUGAUAUUCACUUGUCCGUCGGGUCUUCUAAUAACCAAAAGUUUCUCAACGUUGCAAAAUUCAGCAUGUUCUGGUGGAUGUUGAUGAACAUUGCAAAAAUCUAUUAA